AUGGUCUGGGUGUGGUUGCCUGGUUUGCCGCUUGAAUUCUGGCUGGAGGAUGUUUUCUCAGGCAAUGCUAACUCCUUCGGGGAGCUUGUGGCUAUAGAUGCUAUGAUAGUAGCACAAAAGAGGCUGGCUUGCCCAAGUAACCCUAAGAAUGCUCAGAAGCAUAACAAUCACGUUAAACAGAUCUGGAAAGAGAAGAUUAACAAAAAUGAGGAGGGUAGAGCAGAAGGAGGAAGUGGACUUCCUAGUAACCCAAAAGAUAUAACAAAUGGUGAUAGGAAAGCUAGUACUUCCAAGGAUACUCUUCAGAAGGAAGUUAGAAAGGAUGAAGAUAAUGUAUUUGAGGUCAAAAUAGUCAAUGGAUUUGAAGUUUUACAGAUUCAAGAAGAAGAGAAUGUAAGCAUAGAAGAAAUUCUUGAAGAGGGUGAGAUUGGCGACAUAAAUGAAUCACAACAUGAGGGGAAAGAGGUGGAAGAAGAGGCGGAGAAUGAGGAGGAGAAGGAAGUUGAGGGCGAGGAAGGGGAUGAGCAGAGAAAAGAGGAUGUUGAAGAGAUAGAAGUGAAGGAUAAUCCUUAUAUCUCAGAUAGAAGGAAUGAUGUUCAACACAACAUGGAGGAGGGAAACCCUAGGUCUAUGGACUCUGCUUCGAUUAUGGAGAACGUGGAUUCCAUUCUGAAUGUUGCCAAAAAUAGUACCCUGGAAAUGUUCAAUUUUCAGAAAUGGGUGAUUGAUAACAUCUCCAGUAUUCAGAAUAAUCGGAGAGACCUGGAUUAUAAAAUUGAGAACUUGAUUAAGGAUGCCAACACUAAAGGUAAAGAGGAUGUUGCAAAGGAUACUAGUGAUGCUGAGGACGAAGAAGAAAUUUCGAACUAG